CCCACCCUAAAAGAAACAAAAGAAAAAACACAUCUUUUUUUUUAUGAGCCCAAUAUCCCUUGUUCAAAACCACAUCAAUCUUGCAAAAAAGACACCACCUUUCCCUUCCCUCCUCCCUCACUCUCUUGUCUCCACUCUCCCGCCGCGCCGAGAGUGUGAGCUCGCUCCCCUCCCCUCUCCUCCUCCUCCAAGAAAUCCAAAUGCAUCUCCGCCUCGCGCUGCUCCUCCUCCUCGUCGGUCUCGCCGCCGCGGAUGGCGACGCCGACGCGCUGCUCGCUGCGAAGGCCGCCAUGUCGGACCCCACCGGCGCGCUGGCGUCGUGGGGCAACGGGACGAACACCAGUACCAGCCACUGCUCGUGGGCCGGCGUGACCUGCAGCUCCCGCGGGACGGUGGUCGGCCUCGACGUGUCCGGGUUCAACCUCUCCGGCGCGCUGCCGGCGGAGCUGUCGCGCCUCCGCGGGCUGCUGCGCCUCGCCGUCGGCGCGAACGCCUUCUCCGGGCCCAUCCCGGGGUCGCUGGGGCGGCUCCAGUUCCUCACCUACCUCAACCUCUCCAACAACGCCUUCAAUGGCUCCUUCCCCGCGGCGCUCGCGCGCCUCCGGGGACUCCGGGUGCUCGACCUCUACAACAACAAUCUCACCAGCCCGCUUCCCAUGGAGGUAGUGCAGAUGCCGCUGCUCAGACACCUGCACCUCGGCGGCAACUUCUUCUCCGGGGAGAUCCCGCCGGAGUACGGGCGGUGGGGGCGGAUGCAGUACCUCGCCGUCUCCGGGAACGAGCUCUCCGGCAGAAUCCCGCCGGAGCUGGGGAACCUGACGAGCCUCAGGGAGUUGUAUAUUGGGUACUACAACAGUUACUCCGGUGGGCUCCCGCCGGAGCUGGGUAACCUCACCGAGCUCAUCCGGCUCGACGCCGCCAACUGCGGGCUCUCCGGCGAGAUACCGCCCGAGCUGGGAAAGCUGCAGAAUCUCGACACGCUGUUCUUGCAGGUGAACGGCCUCACCGGCGGCAUACCAUCGGAGCUGGGGUACCUCAAGAGCCUGAGCUCUCUGGACCUAUCGAACAAUGUCCUCACCGGGGAGAUACCGGCGAGCUUCUCCGAGCUCAAGAACCUGACUCUGCUCAACCUGUUCCGGAACAAGCUGCGUGGUGACAUCCCUGAUUUCGUCGGCGACCUGCCCAGCCUCGAGGUGCUGCAGCUCUGGGAGAACAACUUCACCGGCGGCGUGCCCCGCCGCCUCGGCCGCAAUGGUCGCCUCCAGCUGCUCGACCUCUCGUCGAACAGGCUCACCGGCACGCUGCCGCCGGAGCUCUGCGCCGGGGGCAAGAUGCAUACGCUUAUCGCCCUUGGCAACUUCUUGUUCGGCGCCAUCCCGGACUCCCUCGGCGAGUGCAGGUCUUUGAGCCGCGUUCGUCUCGGGGAGAACUACUUGAACGGCUCAAUUCCAAAGGGUCUCUUUGAGUUGCCGAAGCUGACACAGGUGGAGCUGCAAGAUAACCUCCUCACUGGCAAUUUCCCGGCCGUGUCUGGCGUCGCGGCGCCCAAUCUCGGGGAGAUCAGCCUGUCCAACAACCAGCUCACCGGCGCAUUGCCGGCAUCGAUUGGAAACUUUUCUGGUGUUCAGAAGCUGCUUCUUGAUCGGAAUUCAUUCUCCGGUGUUGUUCCACCUGAGAUUGGGCAACUGCAGCAACUCUCCAAGGCUGACCUUAGCAGCAAUGCAUUUGAGGGAGGUGUGCCACCAGAGAUCGGAAAAUGUCGGUUGCUCACUUAUUUGGACCUGAGCCGGAACAACAUCUCCGGGAAGAUACCUCCAGCCAUCUCUGGAAUGCGGAUACUCAACUAUCUCAACCUGUCCCGGAACCAUCUUGAUGGAGAGAUACCUCCAUCCAUUGCAACAAUGCAGAGCUUGACAGCGGUUGACUUCUCAUAUAACAAUUUGUCAGGGCUUGUGCCAGGAACUGGGCAAUUCAGCUACUUCAAUGCCACAUCUUUCAUUGGUAACCCAGGCUUGUGUGGACCAUACCUCGGACCAUGCCGCCCUGGCGUUGCUGGCACUGACCAUGGUAGCCAUGGCCGUGGCGGGCUAUCCAAUGGUGUCAAACUGCUCAUAGUCCUUGGCUUGUUGGCCUGCUCCAUUGCAUUUGCUGUUGGAGCGAUCCUGAAGGCCCGGUCCUUGAAGAAAGCCAGUGAGUCACGUCUGUGGAAACUCACAGCAUUCCAGCGGCUCGACUUCACCUGUGAUGAUGUGCUUGACUGCUUGAAGGAAGAAAACAUUAUUGGCAAAGGUGGUGCUGGGAUUGUGUACAAGGGGGAUAUGCCUAAUGGAGAGCAUGUUGCUGUGAAGCGUCUCCCAGCUAUGGGCCGUGGCUCUUCACAUGAUCAUGGUUUUUCAGCAGAGAUACAAACACUCGGGAGAAUUCGGCACCGUCAUAUUGUGCGCUUGCUAGGAUUCUGCUCAAACAAUGAGACAAAUCUGUUGGUUUAUGAGUACAUGCCCAAUGGCAGUUUGGGGGAACUACUCCAUGGCAAGAAAGGUGGACAUCUCCACUGGGACACCCGGUACAAGAUCGCCAUUGAGGCUGCAAAGGGGCUCUGCUACCUUCACCAUGAUUGUUCCCCAUUGAUACUUCACCGUGAUGUGAAGUCAAACAAUAUCCUUCUUGAUUCAGACUUUGAAGCUCAUGUGGCCGACUUUGGCCUUGCAAAGUUCUUGCAGGACACUGGUGCAUCUGAGUGCAUGUCUGCUAUUGCUGGCUCAUAUGGCUACAUUGCUCCAGAGUAUGCCUACACCCUCAAGGUCGAUGAGAAGAGUGAUGUUUAUAGCUUUGGUGUUGUGCUUCUUGAGCUGGUUACUGGACGGAAGCCUGUUGGGGAGUUUGGAGAUGGCGUUGACAUUGUCCAUUGGGUGAGGAUGAUGACCGACUCAAACAAGGAACAAGUGAUGAAGGUCCUGGACCCAAGGCUUUCAACAGUUCCAUUGCAUGAGGUCAUGCACAUCUUCUAUGUCGCUUUGCUCUGCAUUGAGGAACAGAGUGUGCAGCGACCGACAAUGCGGGAGGUUGUACAGAUCCUCAGUGAACUUCCAAAGCUAGCUCCCAGGCAAGGAGAAGUGCUUUCACAUGCUGUUGAUGGUUCUGCAUCCAAUCCUCCAGCUCCAGUUCCCUCUGGGUCUGCCAAAGCACCAACUGGUGAUGCGAAGGAUCAACAACAGCAACAAACAAGUUCAGAGUCAAGAACACGUCCUGAUCUCAUCAGCAUAUGAGUAACCAAGUCUAAAGUUCUUGUCAACCUUUUGUUGCAAAGUUUGCAGGCAAGUAUUGGAAACUUAUCUAGGUAUGGGUUUCAAGUCUUGGUAAGUUUUAGGUCUUUGUGCUGUACAUAUUCCAGUUUGGUGGGUUGUCCUGUUAGUCUGUUACCAGUUUGUUUCCUUUGGUACUGCAAUGUAGGAUUCUGUAGCGAGUUUCAGGUACUCUAGAGAUUUUUCUUCAUCCAUCUUCGAUGUAGGCAAUGGCUUUCUAUCCAAUUUAGCAUCAAAAUCUAAGCUUUACUGUGGAGCCAAGUUUCCUUUAAAGCAAUUCCUGGCUUCCUGGUCCUGUGUAAACAGUUGAAGUUGGGUCCUUUAAUUUGAGAAACCCAUACUAGAAUGCCAUCAUGGAAAAGCACCUUUGCAUGGUGAACAGAUAUGCACU